UAUUUGCUUGCAGUUCGGCCUCGGAAACGUCGCACGUCACGGCGGUGAAUCGCGUGCGUUUACGCACAACGUGUAGAGUCGUUUAUCCGAGCGCCAUUCUGCAGGAAACUCCGGAGAGACGUUGGGAUUAAUAAAAUAGACGCUGCCAUGGCAGCUACGUUCCCCUACAGAGGUGUCCCUGCAGGGAUGCCCCCGGGUAUUCCUCCUCCUGCACAGGUGCCAGAUUACAUGACUGAGGAGAAAUUGCAAGAAAAAGCACGGAAAUGGCAGCAGCUGCAGGCGAAACGCUACUCAGAGAAGAGGAAAUUUGGUUUUGUUGAUGCUCAGAAAGAGGACAUGCCGCCUGAGCAUGUUCGCAAAAUUAUCAGGGACCAUGGAGAUAUGACCAACAGGAAGUUCCGUCAUGACAAGAGAGUUUACCUUGGGGCUCUGAAAUACAUGCCUCAUGCAGUGCUUAAACUGCUGGAGAACAUGCCCAUGCCCUGGGAGCAGAUCAGAGAUGUACCAGUGCUCUACCACAUUACAGGAGCCAUUUCCUUUGUCAAUGAAAUUCCAUGGGUCAUUGAGCCAGUUUAUAUUGCACAGUGGGGGACUAUGUGGAUUAUGAUGCGUCGUGAGAAAAGAGACAGACGACACUUCAAACGUAUGCGUUUCCCUCCAUUCGAUGAUGAAGAGCCUCCACUGGACUACGCAGAUAACAUUCUGGACGUGGAGCCUCUUGAGGCCAUUCAGAUGGAGCUGGACCCUGAGGAAGACAGCUCUGUGGCAGAAUGGUUUUAUGAGCAUCAGCCGCUGAAGGAUACCACAAAGUACGUCAAUGGGACGACAUACAGACGUUGGCAGUUCACUUUGCCAAUGAUGUCCACGCUCUAUCGGUUGGCCAAUCAGCUGCUGACUGAUUUGGUGGAUAGUAACUACUUCUAUUUGUUUGACCUGAAGGCUUUCUUCACAUCAAAGGCCCUGAAUAUGGCCAUUCCUGGAGGACCUAAAUUUGAACCCCUGGUCAGAGAUAUCAAUCUACAGGAUGAAGACUGGAAUGAAUUCAAUGACAUCAACAAAAUCAUAAUCAGACAGCCCAUUAGGACAGAGUACAAGAUUGCUUUUCCUUACUUGUACAACAAUCUUCCACAUCAUGUCCAUCUCACUUGGUACCACACUCCUAACGUGGUGUUUAUCAAGACAGAGGAUCCUGAUCUGCCUGCCUUCUACUUUGAUCCACUCAUCAAUCCCAUCUCUCACAGACACUCAGUUAAAAGUCAAGAGCCACUGCCUGAUGAUGAUGAGGAGUUUGAACUUCCUGAGUAUGUAGAGCCCUUCCUCAAGGAGACACCUCUGUAUACUGACAACACAGCCAAUGGAAUUGCCCUUCUCUGGGCUCCACGUCCAUUCAACUUGCGCUCUGGAAGAACCCGUCGUGCCAUUGAUGUUCCUCUCAUCAAGAACUGGUAUCGGGAGCACUGCCCUGCAGGUCAGCCUGUCAAGGUACGUGUGUCUUAUCAAAAGCUCUUGAAGUACUACGUUCUCAAUGCUCUGAAACACAGGCCACCUAAAGCACAGAAGAAGAGGUACCUUUUCCGUUCCUUUAAGGCCACAAAGUUCUUCCAGUCCACAAAACUGGACUGGGUGGAGGUGGGCCUCCAGGUGUGUCGACAGGGUUACAACAUGCUGAACCUGCUGAUUCACAGAAAGAAUCUCAACUACUUGCAUUUGGAUUACAAUUUCAAUCUAAAGCCUGUCAAAACCCUCACCACAAAGGAGCGUAAGAAGUCCCGAUUUGGGAAUGCGUUCCACUUGUGCCGUGAGGUUCUCCGUCUGAGCAAACUGGUAGUGGACAGUCAUGUGCAGUACAGACUGGGAAAUGUUGAUGCAUUCCAGUUGGCAGAUGGGCUGCAGUACAUCUUUGCCCAUGUGGGUCAGCUGACUGGCAUGUAUCGCUAUAAGUACAAACUGAUGAGGCAGAUCAGAAUGUGCAAGGACUUGAAGCAUCUUAUCUACUACCGCUUCAACACAGGUCCAGUUGGAAAGGGUCCAGGUUGUGGCUUUUGGGCUCCAGGAUGGAGAGUGUGGCUGUUCUUCAUGAGGGGCAUCACUCCUCUGUUGGAAAGAUGGCUUGGCAACCUGCUAGCCAGGCAGUUCGAAGGACGUCACUCCAAGGGAGUUGCAAAGACUGUGACCAAGCAGCGUGUGGAGUCUCACUUUGAUCUGGAGCUGAGAGCAGCUGUGAUGCAUGACAUCCUGGACAUGAUGCCUGAGGGCAUCAAACAGAACAAGGCGAGGACUAUCCUGCAGCACCUCAGCGAGUCCUGGAGAUGCUGGAAAGCUAACAUUCCUUGGAAGGUCCCAGGUCUUCCCACACCAAUUGAAAACAUGAUUUUGCGCUAUGUGAAAGCCAAAGCUGACUGGUGGACUAACACAGCCCAUUACAACCGAGAGCGAAUCAGACGAGGAGCUACUGUGGACAAGACUGUCUGCAAGAAAAACCUUGGUCGUCUCACACGACUCUACCUGAAGGCUGAGCAGGAGAGACAGCACAACUACCUGAAGGAUGGUCCAUACAUCACAGCAGAAGAAGCAGUGGCCAUCUAUACUACUACUGUGCAUUGGCUGGAGAGCCGGCGCUUCUCUCCAAUUCCCUUCCCUCCUCUCUCCUACAAACAUGACACCAAGCUGCUAAUCCUGGCUCUGGAGAGACUCAAGGAGGCCUACAGUGUGAAGUCAAGGUUGAAUCAGUCUCAGCGUGAGGAGUUGGGCCUGAUUGAGCAGGCAUAUGACAACCCUCACGAGGCUCUGUCCAGGAUCAAGCGUCACCUCCUCACCCAGAGAGCUUUCAAAGAGGUGGGCAUUGAGUUCAUGGACCUGUACAGUCACUUGGUACCUGUGUAUGAUGUGGAGCCUCUUGAGAAGAUCACUGAUGCUUACUUGGAUCAGUACUUGUGGUAUGAGGCUGACAAGCGCAGGCUCUUCCCACCUUGGAUCAAACCAGCGGACACAGAGCCACCUCCUUUGCUGGUUUACAAGUGGUGCCAAGGAAUCAACAACCUACAAGAUGUGUGGGAAACCACAGAGGGAGAGUGCAAUGUCAUGCUGGAGUCACGCUACGAGAAGAUGUAUGAAAAGAUUGACUUGACACUGCUCAACAGGCUGCUGCGUCUCAUUGUCGAUCACAACAUUGCUGAUUACAUGACCGCCAAGAACAACGUUGUUAUUAACUACAAGGACAUGAACCACACCAACUCGUAUGGCAUUAUCCGUGGCCUGCAGUUUGCUUCCUUCAUUGUGCAGUAUUAUGGGCUGGUGAUGGACCUGCUUGUUCUGGGUCUUCACCGUGCCAGUGAGAUGGCAGGACCUCCCCAGAUGCCCAAUGACUUCCUCAGCUUCCAGGACAGUACUACAGAGGCUGCUCAUCCCAUCCGCCUGUACUGCAGAUACAUUGACCGCAUCCACAUGUUCUUCAGGUUUUCUGCUGAUGAGGCUAGGGAUCUGAUCCAGCGGUACCUUACAGAACACCCAGAUCCCAACAAUGAGAACAUUGUGGGCUACAACAACAAGAAGUGCUGGCCUAGAGAUGCCAGGAUGAGGCUAAUGAAGCACGAUGUCAACCUGGGCCGUGCUGUAUUUUGGGACAUAAAGAAUCGGCUUCCUCGCUCUGUCACCACUGUGCAGUGGGAGAACAGCUUUGUUUCAGUGUACAGCAAAGACAACCCCAACCUACUUUUCAACAUGUGCGGCUUUGAGUGCCGUAUCCUGCCCAAGUGCCGUACAAGUUAUGAGGAGUUCACACACAAGGAUGGCGUGUGGAACCUGCAGAAUGAAGUAACCAAGGAAAGGACAGCUCAGUGCUUCCUGCGAGUGGAUGAUGAAUCCAUGCAGAGGUUCCAUAACAGAGUACGACAGAUUCUGAUGGCUUCAGGGUCUACCACCUUCACCAAGAUUGUAAACAAAUGGAACACGGCUUUGAUUGGUCUGAUGACGUACUUUCGUGAGGCUGUGGUCAACACUCAGGAGCUGCUGGACCUCCUGGUGAAGUGUGAGAAUAAGAUCCAGACCCGUAUCAAGAUUGGUCUAAACUCCAAAAUGCCUAGUCGUUUCCCACCUGUGGUCUUUUACACCCCUAAGGAGUUGGGAGGUCUGGGCAUGUUGUCCAUGGGCCAUGUGCUCAUCCCACAGUCCGAUCUGAGGUGGUCCAAACAAACAGAUGUGGGCAUCACACAUUUCCGCUCUGGUAUGAGUCAUGAGGAGGAUCAGCUGAUUCCAAAUCUUUAUCGCUAUAUCCAGCCAUGGGAAAGUGAGUUCAUUGAUUCUCAGAGAGUGUGGGCUGAAUAUGCCCUCAAGAGACAGGAGGCCAUUGCCCAGAACAGACGCCUGACUCUUGAGGAUUUGGAGGAUUCUUGGGACAGAGGUAUUCCUCGUAUCAACACACUGUUCCAGAAAGACAGACAUACACUGGCCUAUGACAAGGGCUGGAGAGUCAGAACAGACUUCAAACAGUACCAGGUGCUAAAGCAAAAUCCAUUUUGGUGGACUCACCAGAGACACGACGGAAAACUGUGGAAUCUGAACAAUUACCGCACAGACAUGAUACAGGCGUUGGGAGGAGUGGAGGGAAUUUUGGAGCACACUCUCUUCAAAGGAACAUACUUCCCCACCUGGGAAGGUCUCUUUUGGGAAAAGGCCAGUGGUUUUGAGGAGUCCAUGAAAUGGAAAAAGCUGACCAAUGCUCAGAGAUCUGGGCUGAACCAGAUCCCCAAUCGACGAUUCACUCUUUGGUGGUCUCCCACUAUCAACAGGGCCAAUGUAUACGUGGGUUUCCAGGUGCAACUGGAUCUCACAGGAAUCUUCAUGCAUGGCAAAAUUCCAACCCUCAAGAUCUCCUUGAUCCAGAUUUUCAGGGCUCACUUAUGGCAAAAGAUUCAUGAGAGCAUUGUCAUGGAUCUGUGUCAGGUGUUUGACCAGGAGCUGGAUGCUCUGGAGAUUGAGACUGUACAGAAGGAAACCAUCCAUCCUAGAAAGUCCUACAAGAUGAACUCUUCCUGUGCAGACAUUCUGCUGUUCGCCUCCUACAAAUGGAAUGUUUCACGGCCAUCACUGCUUGCUGACUCAAAGGAUGUGAUGGACAGCACCACCACUCAGAAAUACUGGAUUGACAUCCAGCUGAGAUGGGGAGACUAUGACUCUCAUGACAUUGAGAGAUACGCCAGAGCUAAGUUCCUGGACUACACCACAGAUAACAUGAGUAUCUACCCAUCCCCCACUGGUGUGCUGAUUGCCAUUGAUCUGGCCUACAAUCUGCACAGUGCCUAUGGCAACUGGUUCCCUGGCAGCAAGCCUCUGAUCCAGCAGGCCAUGGCUAAAAUAAUGAAGGCCAAUCCUGCCCUGUAUGUGCUGAGGGAGCGUAUUCGCAAGGGUCUGCAGCUUUACUCCUCUGAGCCCACUGAGCCCUACCUGUCCUCCCAGAACUAUGGAGAGCUUUUCUCCAACCAGAUCAUCUGGUUUGUGGAUGACACGAAUGUGUACCGUGUCACCAUCCACAAGACCUUUGAGGGCAACUUGACAACAAAACCAAUCAAUGGAGCCAUUUUUAUCUUCAAUCCAAGAACUGGACAGCUCUUCCUAAAGAUCAUUCACACAUCUGUGUGGGCUGGACAGAAACGUCUGGGACAGCUGGCCAAGUGGAAGACGGCUGAGGAAGUGGCUGCUCUCAUUCGAUCACUGCCUGUUGAAGAGCAGCCCAAGCAGAUCAUUGUCACCAGGAAGGGCAUGCUGGAUCCUCUUGAGGUGCACUUGUUGGAUUUCCCUAACAUUGUGAUCAAGGGAUCUGAGCUACAGCUCCCCUUCCAGGCUUGUCUGAAGGUAGAGAAGUUUGGAGACCUCAUUCUGAAGGCCACUGAGCCUCAAAUGGUCCUGUUCAAUCUGUAUGAUGACUGGCUGAAGACAAUUUCUUCUUACACUGCCUUCUCGCGUCUCAUCUUGAUCCUGAGGGCCCUGCAUGUGAACAAUGACCGUGCAAAGGUGAUAUUGAAGCCAGACAAAACCACCAUCACUGAGCCACACCAUAUCUGGCCCACUCUCACUGAUGAGGAGUGGAUUAAGGUGGAGGUGCAGCUCAAAGAUCUCAUCUUGGCUGACUAUGGCAAGAAGAACAACGUGAAUGUGGCUUCUCUGACACAGUCUGAGAUCAGGGACAUCAUCCUGGGAAUGGAGAUCUCUGCUCCCUCCCAGCAGAGACAGCAGAUUGCUGAAAUUGAGAAGCAGACCAAAGAGCAGUCUCAGUUAACAGCCACCCAGACACGCACUGUUAACAAGCAUGGUGACGAGAUCAUCACUUCCACAACCAGCAACUAUGAGACGCAAACCUUCUCCUCCAAAACUGAAUGGAGAGUCAGGGCCAUCUCUGCUGCCAACUUGCACUUACGAACCAACCACAUCUAUGUGUCAUCGGAUGACAUAAAAGAAACUGGAUACACUUAUAUUCUUCCCAAAAAUGUGCUGAAGAAGUUCAUCUGCAUCUCUGACUUGCGUGCCCAAAUUGCAGGCUAUUUGUAUGGCACUAGUCCUCCAGAUAACCCACAGGUGAAGGAGAUUCGCUGCAUUGUGAUGGUACCACAGUGGGGCACUCACCAGACUGUUCACCUGCCCAAUCAGCUGCCACAGCAUGAAUAUCUCAAGGAAAUGGAGCCGCUUGGCUGGAUCCACACCCAACCCAAUGAAUCCCCUCAGCUUUCUCCUCAGGAUGUCACCACGCAUGCCAAGGUCAUGGCAGACAACCCAUCCUGGGAUGGAGAGAAAACUAUUAUCAUAACCUGCAGUUUCACACCAGGAUCCUGUACACUGACUGCUUACAAGCUGACUCCUAGUGGAUAUGAGUGGGGCAGGCAGAACACAGACAAGGGCAAUAACCCUAAGGGUUAUCUGCCGUCCCACUAUGAGAGGGUGCAGAUGCUGCUGUCUGAUCGCUUCCUUGGAUUCUUCAUGGUACCUGGCCAAGGCUCCUGGAAUUACAACUUCAUGGGUGUUCGUCAUGACCCUAACAUGAAGUACGACUUGCAGCUGUCCAACCCUAAAGAGUUCUACCAUGAGGUUCACAGGCCCUCUCACUUCCUCAACUUUGCCUCUCUGCAGGAGGGCGAGAUCUACAACGCAGACCGUGAGGAUAUGUACGCUUAGCACCCUGGACUGCUGCUGUUGAUAUUCAACAAGCACCUAAGAGGCUUAAGCUGGCAAAGCUACUGUUCUGUGACCUUUCAAGAUUUACCAGGGUGUUUAACAGUCGUGUCAGCUUGAAAGUACUUUUGACCACCCGUUUUAAGAUUUUGUACAAGCUUAACUUUGUCUUGCAUUCUUUGCCAUGGUAAUUUGUGCUAAUGUGUUAAUGCACAUUGCUGAAAUUGUAUUUUUGUGUCACUGUAGUAGUGAGUUAAGACUAUGUGAAAGUUCUUUAAUAAAUCAGUGCUCUUUUUCAUAACCUUAAAUUCUUUUUUUUUUUUUUAAGUCUGUUGUAAUAUGCAUGUACCCAGUAGCUAUGUUGUGCAUCUUUUAUGUACCAUGUAGUUUGGGUCCAAAUAAAGAUGAACACUUUAUUUCUAA